GAAGUAGGCUAGUCGGAAGCAAGGGGAAUGAAUUUGGAUUGAGAUUGAAUAUUGGCAAGACACGUAAGACAGGCACCAACCUCCGCGGCUGCAGCCAGGAACCACCGCCGUCGAAUGCUCUUUAUCGGUUCCAACGUCACCUAAUAGAACAAAGGCCGUCACCUCCGUCCCCGUCGCCAUCCCUCCCAACCUCUCCCGUUCUGUCAUUCGUCCCCUCCUUAUUUUAUCCUUUCGAAUCGUUGCUCAACCUCAUCGGCUGUCGUGCAAUGGCCAGGAAGAAGAUCAGAGAGUACGACUCUAAGAGGCUCCUCAAAGAGCACCUCAAGAGAGUCGCAGCCAUUGAUCUUAAUAUCCGCUCCGCUCAGGUGACGCAAUCGACAGACUUUGCUGAGCUGACUAAUCAACAACCAUGGCUUUCAUCCACAAAAUUGGUUGUGAAGCCCGAUAUGUUGUUCGGCAAGCGGGGGAAGAGUGGCUUCGUGGCUCUGAAUCUAGAUGUUGCCCAAGUGGUAGAAUUUGUUAAAGCUCGCCUUGGUGUUGAGGUUGAAAUCGGUGGCUGCAAGGCACCUAUAACCACAUUUAUCGUCGAACUUGUUCCUCACGACCAAGAGUAUUACCUAUCAAUUGUCUCUGAAAGGCUGGGCUGCACCAUCAGCUUCUCAGAAUUCGGAGGCAUCGAGAUUGAAGCGAAUUGGGAUAAGGUUAAGACUAUAUUCCUUCCGGCAGAGAAACCUUUGACACUCGAGGCAUGUGCUCCUCUGAUAGCUACGCUUCCUCUGGAGGUCCGGGGAAAAAUUGGUGAUUUCAUAAUGGGUGUAUUUUCUGUCUUUCAAGAUCUGGAUUUCAGUUUCCUAGAGAUGAAUCCCUUUACACUGCUGGAUGAGAAGCCAUAUCCAUUGGAUAUGAGAGGUGAAUUGGAUGAUACUGCCGCGUUCAAGAACUUCAAGAAGUGGGGUAAUUUAGAGUUCCCAUUGCCUUUUGGAAGAGUUCUGAGCCCUGCAGAAAGUUUCAUUCAUUCCCUGGACGAAAAGACAAGUGCAUCUUUGAAAUUUACUGUAUUGAACCCAAAAGGACGUAUUUGGACAAUGGUAGCUGGAGGAGGUGCAAGUGUUAUUUAUGCCGAUACUGUUGGAGAUUUAGGUUAUGCAUCAGAGCUUGGCAACUAUGCUGAGUAUAGUGGAGCUCCAAAUGAGGAGGAGGUGCUGCAGUAUGCAAGAGUCGUGAUUGAUUGUGCUACUGCAGAUCCUGAUGGUCGUAAGAGAGCCCUUCUUAUUGGAGGUGGCAUUGCAAACUUCACAGAUGUUGCUGCCACAUUCAGUGGGAUCAUUCGAGCCCUGAAAGAGAAGGAGUCAAAGCUUAAAGCAGCAAGAAUGAACAUUUAUGUUAGAAGAGGUGGUCCAAACUAUCAGAUCGGUUUGGCAAAGAUGCGUGCCCUGGGUGAGGAACUGGGGGUGCCAAUUCAGGUUUACGGGCCGGAGGCCACGAUGACCAUCAUCUGCAAACAGGCCAUUGAUUGCAUCAUGUCUGAAGCAUAAAGCCGCAAUCAUUUGCCCCAUUAUGUGUUUUAUUUUCAUCCCAACUUGGGGUAGUUUUCAUAAACUCGGUGAAGCUGUUGGCAUUUAAAAAAAAAAAGAGAGAUCAUAAACUCGGUGAAGCGAAAUGGGGGUAGAUGCUCAAAUUGUUCUUAUAUUUACCCCCUCGUGUGAUUUAACUGUUGUGUUUUUAUGUGCCUUCAUGGCCAUGGGAACAUGAAUUGUCAUUGCAUCUUUUUCCGUGAGAAAUUUGU